AUGAAUGAACUUUUUGAGGAGUAUUUGAAACUGGUUGGAAGUAAGGUAGAGAGAAAGGACCCAGUUUAUAAGUCACAAUGUCAAUUGUCAUUCAAGGAUUACUUUUCUGAAGGGGGACUUUACGUUAAUUUGAAAAAUUUUGAAGCUUACAGUACAGAAUUCCUUAAUUGGGAUUAUGAGCAGAGUGGUUGUAGGCUUUACUUAAGUAUCAAAGGCACUAGAAAGUAUCAUUCGGAAAAUGUUGAGAAUCCCACAAAUUUGUCUAUAGGCAAGAAGGGAGGGUAUUUCCCAGAGAAGCCAUUUUUUGAGGACUUAUUUCAAUAUAAUUUGGUAAGUAUUCCAGACAUGAAUACUAUGAGUUUAAAAGAUGACCAGGUUCCUAGAGAGCUUUCUGAGAAGCUCAACUAUAUAAUCCAGUAUGACCAGAAUAUGGAAUUGAGUAAGGACACUGAUUCUUUAGUUACUUGGGCUGAAGAAAGAAAGGUGUCUAAACAUGCUGAGAAUCUUUUCCAGGUGUCUUCCCCAAAACAAGUGCCUCCAAAAGGUUGGGCAUGCGAGAAGUGUGGAGCCAAUAAAAAUUUGUGGUUGAAUUUAUCAGACGGCUUUAUUGGUUGUGGAAGAAGGUUAUAUGGAGUGGGAGGUGGCUGUUUCGAUGGGAAGGAAGAGGGAGCAGCCUUACUCCAUUAUCGUGAACACAUAGAAAGGCCUUUGGCAGUUAAGUUGGGGACUAUAACUCAAUUUGGAAAUGCAGACGUGUUUUCUUACGACCCACAAGAGGAUGACUUGGUUGUAGACCCUCACCUGGUACGACACCUGUCUGUAUUUGGGAUAAAUGUGGGGCAGCUUGAGAAAACUGAAAAGAGUUUAGUAGAGAUGCAAAUUGAGCAAAACAACAAGUUGGAUUUGACAAGUGGAAUGGAGUCCGAAGAAGAUGGGAGUUUUGUAUCAAUGAGUAAGCUAUACAAAGAUCAGGCAGUUUUGGUAGGACUUGAGAACUCUGGUAAUUCUUGUUAUGUUAAUGUGAUUUUACAGCUUUUAGCGGGUAUUUCAGAGGUAGGAGAAUUAUUUUCGUGUCAUUUUCAGGAUCUACUGGAAAUUUAUUCUGCAAAUUUUAUUCAGAAAACAAGACCAAGAGAUAGCAUUGUAAUUCAGUUCUCCAAAGUAAUAAAAGCUUUACUUUCAAAUGACGUAAUUAAAGAUCGUAAAUAUAAGAUUUCAUCUCGUUCUCAAGAUGUUCAAAAGUCUAUUUCUGAGCUAAAGGAAAAAGGAAUUAAUGAGAAUAUAAUUGAAACUUUAACAGAAAGUGAAAUUAAUCCUUUUUUGGUUUAUGUUCUCCCCUCAAUGUUGAAAAGAACUAUUUCUAAGGGUAAUCCUGAAUUUUCCUCAUCCCAUCAACAAGAUACCCUCGAGUAUUUUACUUUCCUUCAAGAAAAGCUCUCUGAGGAUUUGAAAAAGUAUUUAAAUUAUGCCUCAAAUGAACUCCAAAAGUUAAUCCAAGAAUUUCUCACUCUCUUCAGUUUCUUCAUUGGUGAGAGACUCGAGUGUAAACAAUCUGGGUCUGUAAAACUGAGUUCUCAGUUGAAUAAUGUAUUAUCUCUUCCAAUACCUAAAGACUUAAUUACCUAUUGUUCCGAUACCAGACAGUCAAAAAAACCAAAGCAUGCUUGUGAGGAUGAGGAUUCUGUUCCACAAAAUUCAAAUACCACUAACGACCAGGAAAAGAGCGAUAGUGAUGAACGUUUUAGUGAUAUUUCCUUCUUGCUUUCCAAUUGGAAACAAGAAGAAAUUGUUGAAAGUUUUCUCUCUCCUUGUACCAACCAACUGGGAAAGGCUGGGAAGUCCAAUUUUAUAAAAACUAUGCCAAAGUACCUGAUUAUACACAUGCAGAGAUUCUAUUUAUCGGAUGACUGGAAGCCUAAAAAGAUUAAUUUAAGUGUUAAAGUUCCGAAUUUUCUAGAUCUAGAGAAUUUAAGAGGUUCUGAAAACCUAAAACCUGGUGAAAAACCUUUUCCCGAAGGAGAUGAAGCUGAUAUAGUUUCAAAAAAUGAGAUCCAAGUUCCAGAAUCUUUGGUGAGCUCUGUUUUGGACUUGGGAUUUACUAAAUCUCACGCUGAGCUGGCAGUAAAAAAUACUUCUUCAACAGAUAUAGACAUAUGUAUCAAUUGGAUUCUAACUAACAUUGAUACAAUCAACACUAUGGAUUUAACUUCAGCCAAUUCAUCUUCUUCCACUACUUCCAAAGUAAAUAAUUCAGUGUCUCCUCAGGAUUUAGAAGCUAUUGAAAAUAUAGUUUCUAUAUGUUGUUGCUCAAGAGAUAUAGCAGAAAAAGCACUUAAGAUUUCAAACCAAAACUUAGAAAGAGCUAUCCAAAUGAUCUUUGAUGACCCUUGUAUUAUUGAAAGUUUUGAAGAGACACAGAUACAAGUAACUGCUCCCAAUACUUCAGAGCUUCCAGAGCUCGAGGAUGGCCCUGGAAAAUAUGAAUUAAUUGGAGUUAUUUGCCAUCUGGGAAAAAGUGUACACAGUGGACACUAUAUUUGCUAUAACAAACGAAAAGAUCACCAAGAACCAUCUUCCUCUAUAUGGGUAAGAUUUAAUGAUACUAAAGUCUAUUUAAGCAAGGAGGAUAACUUCCCCCACAAAGAAAAAGGGUACCUCUAUUUGUAUCGUAGAACCAGCUAA